AUGGCAUCAGAAUCUAUCCUUCAGCCGGUGAUCAAUCGUAUCGAUUUGAGUGGUGAGUGGGAUGGUAACCCGAGUAGCCAAGUUGCGUUACACGCGAAGAUCGAGCUCCUCAUCAAAUUAUAUCAACAAGUGCUUUAUGCCUGGAUUCAAUCUGAUACAUGGGGAAAAAAGUUCGUGUCCGCACCAAAUACUAGGUUACGUCUGCUUGACCUGAGCAAUGAUGGUGUUGAGCUGCUACAAUUUGAUGGACCAGCUAAGCUACUGGAGGCCAGUCGUCUUCCCCAUCAUCUGGAGGAGAUAUCCGAUGAAAAAUCUAUCAAUUUGUCAGGGGUGAGCUGCAGGAGGAGUAUGGAGUGCUCCGAUAUUUUAAAGAGAAUUACGAGUGAGGGAACUGAGUCUCUAAAUGAAACGCCACGGACCUUAUACCGGAAGGGGAUGGAAUUAUCCCCACCUCCUACAAAAAGAAGGCUGUUCCCCCCUAGCCCAACAAGCACUCUCAGCCGACUGCCUUCGUUUGGUGAGAUGGUGCUAGCGCUCGAAAAAGAAUCUGUGUAUAGCCGCGAUGGCGAAGAUGACGGCUACGAUGGUGGGGCUAGCAGGAGCACUGAUAUAUCGGCAACAGAUAUUUCAGAAAGUAGUGACACUAAUUCCGGUGUCCAAAGUCUCGAUACCGCUCGUGCAAUAAAUGGUGAUCUGGUUUUUGAGAUGGAGGCCAUGUUAGCAGAUCUGAAGGGUGGCAUGAAUGGUCCUGAUGGGUUUGGAGGCCUUCCGAUAACAGGCUUGUAUGGCACUGAAAAAGAAAUCAAGGUUACUGAUACAUGUGACCAAGAGACAUCCUUAUUCUCUUCGCCUACCAAGACCCCAAAGCCUCAGAAACGGAUAGUGAGCAGGAUACCCGUUAAAGCACAGCGGCUAGCAAAAUCUUCUAGUCCCUCUGAAGAGUUAUCACACUCGUCGGAGUCUGGAGGUAAUUUUAGAGAUAUGUCUGAUUCGCCUUCCAAGACAAUGAGUCCUCCAUCUGAUAUAUUUCCUGUUCCGGGAAAUGAAUCGCCUUCUCCUAUACCUUCCACCCCCAGAAACGAACAGUUCUCGCCAGUGAAGCUACCGAAUACGCUACCCGCUGAUUCGAAUAAACAUUGGGUUGAUCAGGAGUCAGAGUCACCGCAAUCACCCACUAGAAAAUUUUCAUAUGGCGCAGUGAGACAAGUUCCUCCUCUCUUUGACCGCUUCUUCCCGCAGCCUGAUCUGACGGGUUCCCGCCGCAACAUCCGGGGUCCUUGGCAAAGUGACGUCGGAAUUACCACCCAAGAAAAAGAGAGUGGUCAAAAAGAUAAUGAUAAGUCGGUGUACGUUUCAACUUGGCUCAAGACAAACGAGAGUAAUGGAAUAUUAAAGGAGUACUCUCAAUCUCGAUCCUUGCACCCCACUAGAUACUCGACAGAACACGGGAAAGGCCAUAAAGAGAACACUCCAGCAAGUGAAAAGAGUGAUUCUCAAAGCACGGGCAUACUGGACCAGAGCCAGGCUCAAAAGCCAAUCACGUUGCCGAGUCCUUCCACAUCAUCCCAACUGAGCAUGCCAUGGAAUUCGGCGGAAGAAUUGGCAAAGAAAUGCGACUUGGGACAGCACCUCCACAUGGAAUCCGUUAUUCCAGCCCCAGAGCUCGCCAUAGUAGAAGAACUCGGCAGAGAUUUUUAUAUUUUAUCCCCAGAAACCUCUGUCUCAACGGCUUAUACUAUUGGAUUCGAUUUGAAAGUAAAACUAGGCCCCCUGCAGCCGGGCGGCUGGCAACUUCUGAAGAUACCCGGUUUACCAAUCGAAAAACAAGGAGGUAAAGGGACUGUUAAGUUAGCCAUCCUCCACGGUUCAGUUAAUAAGAAGUUGGAUUGCGGAGCUAGAGGUUUACUGAGCGUGGCUCCCGACGGCGCGGGUUUUAUUGCGGACUUCGAUAUCGCUGAACCAUUUGCUUUAUCGAUGCGAGCUGUAGAACUGCUGACAAGCGAGUCGCGCGAUAACCGUAUCUUGAACCAUGAAGUAAGAAUGGUUUUGAGGUGUCACCCGAGAGCUCGUACGAGAGCUGUUGUGGAGUACACAGCGGUUUGCGCGUUGUCUCUUUACCAGAAAAUUCUCUGUGCCGAUGAGGGCUUCAUUCCAGUUAUUAUCAGCGAUGGACCCGGGGGUGAUUUCGAAUGGACAAUGGAGAAGGGUAGCAGGGACUUCCGUGUGGGCAAAAGGACCGCAAACGCUGCUGAUAUUGGGACAACGAGAAUAAGGAUUUUCUGUAAGGAAGAUGAGCUCGAUGGGUGUUUUCGUAUAACUUGGGAAGUCCCCUACGGGGCAUCAAUUUCGCAAACUUGGGUGCCGAAACUGUUUUUUGAGAAACCAGCGACCCAGACAGAGUAUGCGCCAUUGCUCCGUAGUCAGCUGCAAAUGGAAACUCUAGGAAAUCCGGUCUUGAAGGAGGAAACGGAGUCUGGGGAAAACGCUCUAGAGAAAGCUGGGAGCAAAUGGGAGCAAGAUGACCUGGAAGAUCUGGGUUAUUUGGGGUUACCGACAUUUGAAACGGAAAGCAUGCCUUAUUGGUGUGUACAUCAGCUGGUUCGAGUAGUCCUUUUCUCCAUGGCCAUUAUGCAGGAAUUAAGUGACUUGGUUCAGAUUUAUGUCGCGCGUGUUCCACUGGGCUCGAUGAAAAUAAUCCUACUAUCCGUGGUCGUGGUCCUCGUUACUCAACAUCUUGGGCCUCCAAGUAUUGAAAGCCAAAUCAGUCCACAAGAGUGCCUUGGACCACUUUGUCCACGAAGCUAUGUUCAGGUCGAGCGCCCCCUCGGUAGUUUCAACUGGUUUGCUCGGGAGAAGGCGUCCGUCGUUGACAGAGGUCUGUUGGGGCAUAUUUUCAAUGCUGUUAAUGGGAGGGAGGUAACUUUUAUGGAUAGCGAGAAUGUUAGGAACGUUGAGAAUGCAAGGAGCGUCGAGAAUGAUGCAGGAGAGCGAGGGGAUAUGCAAACUAAGGCAGCUCAAGCUCAAAUUGUUCGGGAAGCUGGUCCCGCUCCACGAAUAGGGACUGAAGAUAGAUAUGACCCUACCCGAAUUUCGACCCAAACGAAAUUGAAGAAUAAUGAUGGCAGUAGUGGCACAGCCUCGGAGCCCACUACAACCAGCACAGCCGUUGUGGCGCCAAAGAAAGUGUCUCUGCGGGAUCGGAUUGAUAUGUUUUUUGGCUGGGAUGGGCUGCUGGAAUGAUUGACUAGUUAGGGGCCCCCUAAAUCAUCAUUAUGAGGGCUUAUGUGGCAUUCUCAAGUUUGAAGAUUGUCUUCUCAUUAUCAUGGGAUUAAUAAUAAUAUUAAAAUCCUGUACAGUCACUCUCUGUCUCUGUAACUGUUUAAUAGUAAACAGCUAUAUAUGUCUAUCUCUACUAUAAGCUCGUGCAACUGCUUCUCUGUUAUAGUCUCAAACAUUUCUAAUUAUCUCUCAAAGUAUAUUAUUAUAAAAAAGAUUUUUCUCAUUCUCAUCAUUUUUCUGCAUUCACAGAAUCACAGUUUUAUAAGAUUUUAAUGCAAUUGAGUUCAGAUCAGAGAAAUAAACUGAUAUAAUCUCUAGAGAAGAUUUUAUAUUAAAGAUUUUAAAAAAUCUCUAUUACAGUAUACUCUAAAACUUCAUCUUGUAUCAAUUUCAAAUCAAAAUUCAUAUAUUUAUUCAUGAAUAGAAAAGACUAUAUAUUUAAUAGAAUAUUUAAA